AAUCAAUUAUUUGCUGUUAAUUCUGUAAUUAAUGACAUAAGUUAUCAUUUUAUAUGAUUAGAUGCGAAUCGGACUCCACAGUGGAAACUGUUUGGCCGGAAUUGUAGGCGUGAAAAUGCCCAGGUACUGUCUGUUCGGCUCACAGGUAACCCUCGCCAACAAAUUUGAGUCCAGUAGCGAAGCCAUGAGAAUUAAUUUGAGUCCAACCACUUACAGAUUAUUGAAAGACAAAGGCUUUUAUUUCACGCAAAGAAAUAGCGAUUGUCUGCCGAAAGAGUGUCCGCCAGAUAUGGAAAGGAUUAGCUUUUUUCUCGACGAUUAUAAACAUCCGUUUCUUCGCGAAGAGAUGUCUCUCUCAACGCAUAUACAGAAAGCUCUUCAAGACUUCCACACGACUUGAGAUACAAACCAUUAUUAUAGAUA